UUACCAGAUUUAUCUGUCAGUUAUAGCGCUGUGGAGGACAGACCAGGAAGGCCCCAGCUAAGCUCGGUUGUUUUUAAUUUUUAAAAGACGGAGGAUUUGGAUUUAAUGUACAAGAUGACAUUUGAGGAACUAAGUGGGGAUUAUUCUCAAGAAAGAAUGGAUACGGUGGCGAAAGCCCUGGAAGAAGUCCUCACCGCUGCCUUGCCACAGGGCUGCAUCACAGUCGGCGUCUACGAGGCGGCCAAGUCCCUCAACGUAGACCCGGACAAUGUGGUGCUGUGCAUCUUGGCCACCGACGAGGACGACGUCAAAGACGUGGCCCUCCAGAUCCACUUCACGCUCAUUCAGGCUUUCUGCUGCGAGAACGACAUCAACAUCCUGAGAGUCAACAACACCCACCGCCUGGCGGAGAUCCUGGGGGGAGGGGGAGGGAAGCAGGGCAGCGGGGAACCUCUGGACCUGCACUGCGUGCUCGUCACCAGCCCCCACUCCUCAUCAUGGAAGGACCCGGCUUUGAGCAAGCUCAGCCUGUUCUGCAGAGAGAGCCGCUGCAUGGAUCAGUGGGUGCCCAUCAUCAACCUGCCCGAGCGAUGAGCUCGGCCCCCCGAAAACCCCCCCGGCCUGUCCAGAACCAAUCGUAAUGAAUCUGCACAGGAAGAGUGCUUUAAAACAAAACAAAAAGUCCUGCUGCACCGCCAGCCGGUGAGAGAAGAAAAAAAAAAGACGGGAAUAAAAAAAAA